AUGAAGCGACUCCUAUUCUUCUGUGUUCUCGGAGCCACCGUCCUGUUUGGUGACGCCAUUAUUAUGGAAAGAAGAGGUUCAUCUUAUUCCGGCCAUGACUUCUCGUCUUCCUCCUCUUCGUCGGAACCAUCCGACUCUUCUGAAAAGGAUCACGACGGCACGCGCAUAGGAAAACACCAUCAUCAUCAUCAUCGUUAUGCGGCUAAGCCGGAUGAGACGACACCACCUCGAGGACCAAAACGUUGUGAGGACGGAUGGACGACGUUUUACAGACGACCCACAAAUUGGUGCGUCAAGGUACCGGUUCUAAUACUUUGUGCGCUUUCGGAAAAAUCUUACUUUGCAUUUGCAGAUCUUUGUGGCGCAGGGAGCUUACGAUGCGGGCCAGACCUUUUGCUCUCAAUACAGCGCUGUUCUGACCGGUCUUCAAAAUGGGGCCGAACGAUUGGUUCUCGCCGACUUGGCAUUGCCGUUCGUGAUCAGCUCAGGAGCGACUUACGGAUCCACGUGGCUUGGAGCCAAGAGGACUGGACCGGGAGUGUCAUUCGCGUGGACGGAUGGGUACACGAACGGAACCGAGGGAUUCCAUUUUGGACCCGCCCAACCGGACGGUGCUCUUAGGAACGGGUAAGUCUUAUGAUACGAACACAAGUGGAAAAUAUCAGUCCAAUGUAUACCAGAGGCGAAGAAAACCUUUACUUUUCUCAAAACUCUAGGCCAAGAGCAAUAUAAAUGUGAUCGACUUUACCAUACAAGUGCAAGUAAUUUUUGAACUACAGUAUUCCCCAAUCAUGUGUGCAACAGUUCAUAAUCACGCCCGCAUGGAGAGGCAAUCCCGGAUGGUACCAGGCUGAUUUGGACGAUUGGGAUUGUGACGUCUCGACGCGAGCACCGCUUUAUCGCCUGUUCGCUUGUGGAAAGAAAGCUAGUGUUGAUUGA